AUGGCUGAAACUCUUGCAAAUGAACUCCUCAAAGUUCUUGUUAAGAAGAUGACCGAUGAAGCCUUCAAGCGAAUUGCUCGUGCUCAGGGUAUUCACAACGAGCUCAAGGAGUUGAAGAAGACACUCUCCAGGAUCCAAGAUCUGCUUACCGAUGCUUCCCAGAAGGAGGUGACUCAUAAAUCUGUCAAAUCAUGGCUGAAUGCUCUCCAACAUUUGGCUUACGAUAUCGAUGACGUACUCGACGAUUUGGCUACCGAAGAAAUGCAUCGUGAACUCACCCUGCAGGAACCUGAAGCAUCCACCAGCAUGGUAAGAAAGCUCAUCCCAUCAUGCUGCACAAAUUUCUCACUAACUCAUAGGCUGUCUCCCAAGUUAGAUAGGAUUAACAGAGAGUUAGAAAAUCUAGAAAAACGAAAAACGGAUCUAGGUUUGCUUAAGAUUGAUGAAAAGCCAAAAAACACUAGUAGAAGAAACGAAACCUCUUUGCCAGAACGCCAUGUUGUCGGAAGAGAAGUUGAGAAAGAGCAAUUGCUUAAAAAGUUGUUGGGGGAUGAUGGGUCGUCUCAGGAUAACUUUAGCGUCUUACCUAUAGUUGGUAUGGGUGGGGUUGGAAAAACCACUCUCGCUAGACUUUUGUAUAAUGAUACAAAGGUGCAGGAACACUUUGAACCCAAGGCAUGGGUUUGUGUUUCAGAUGAUUUUGAUAUUUUUAAGAUAAGCAAUACCAUCUUUCAGUCUGUGACUACUACCGAAAACAAGAAAUUUGAAGAUUUAGAUAAGCUUCAAAUAGCUAUUGUAGAGCAAUUUAAGGGCAAACGAUUUCUACUAGUAGUUGAUGAUGUGUGGAGUGAAUACUAUGGUGAUUGGGAAAACCUAGUGCGCCCAUUUCUGUCAUGUGCUCCUGGAAGUAGGAUAAUCAUGACAACUCGGAAGGAGCGAUUGCUCAAAAAGCUAGGUUUUGAUAAUCUAAAUUGUCUUGAAAGUUUGUCGCAUGAAGAUGCAUUGUGUUUAUUAGCUCUACAUGCAUUCGGUGUAGAUAACUUCGACUUACACAAAACACUAAAACCGCAAGGUGAAGGUAUCGUGAAAAAGUGUGCUCGUUUGCCUUUGGCGUUGAAGGCAAUUGGAAGGCUAUUGAGAACGAGAACCGAUAAAGAAGACUGGGAUGACGUGUUGAAUAGUGAUAUAUGGGAUAUAGAAACCGGUAAUGAUAUUGAAAAUGGUAAUGAUAAAGAAAAUAGAGAUAAGAUUCUUCCGGCCCUUAAGCUUAGCUACCAUGAUCUUCCGGCUGAUUUGAAGCAGUUGUUUGCAUACUGCUCCUUGUUCCCUAAGGACUUUUUGUUUGACAAGGAGGAUUUGGUAUUAUUGUGGAUGGCAGAAGGGUUUUUGAAUCCAUCCAAUGCAACCAAGUCACCAGAACGCUUGGGCUGUGAAUAUUUUGAAAUAUUGUUAUCAAGGUCAUUUUUCCAACAUGCACCUAAUGAUGAAUCAUUGUUUAUCAUGCAUGAUCUGAUGAAUGACUUGGCCACUUUUGUUGCUGGUGAAUUUUAUCUAAGGUUUGACAAUCAUAUGAAGACAAAGACACAAGCUUUGGCAAAGUAUCGCCAUAUGUCAUUUACUCGCGAGGAGUAUGUAGGUUACCAAAAGUUUGAGGCAUUCAAAGGAGCCAAAAGCUUGAGAACACUUUUAGCGGUAUCUAUUGAUGUGGAUCAAAGUUGGAACUACUUUUUCUUGUCUAAUAAGAUUCUGGUUGACUUACUUCCUAGCUUAACAUUAUUAAGGAUUCUUUCUUUGAGUCGUUUUCAAAUAACUGAGGUACCAGAGUUCAUCGGUAGUUUGAAGCACUUGCGGUAUCUUAAUUUAGCUAAAACUAAGAUAAAAGAGUUACCGGAGAGUGUUAGCAAUCUUUAUAAUUUACAGACAUUGAUUGUUUUUGGUUGUGAAAAUUUGACCAAGUUGCCUGAAGGCUUCUCCAAGCUUAAAAAGUUGCGACAUUUUGAUAUAAGGGAUACUCCGCUUUUGGCGAAGCUGCCAUUCGGGAUUGGUGAGUUGGAAAGCCUACAGACUCUCACCAAGAUCAUCAUUGAAGGAGAUGAUGGCUUUGCAAUAAAUGAGCUCAAGGGAUUAACAAAUCUCCAUGGGGAAGUUUCCAUUGAGGGAUUGCACAAAGUGCAAAGCGCAAAGCAUGUACGGGAGGCGAACUUAUCUCUAAAAAAGAUUACUGGAUUAGAGCUGCAAUGGGUUGAUGUUUUUGAUGGCUCCCGAAUGGAUACACUUGAAGAGGAAGUUCUCAAUGAGAUGAAACCUAAUAGUGAUACGUUGAAAACGCUUUCAGUCGUGUCAUACGGGGGAACACAACUUUCAAAUUGGGUUGGUGAUCGCUCUUUUCAUGAGUUGGUUAAUGUGUCAAUACGUGGUUGUAAAAAAUGCACAUCUCUACCCCAAUUUGGGUUGCUCCCUUCACUUAAGAGGCUGCAGAUUCAAGGCAUGGAUGAGGUUAAACUCAUAGGUCUGGAGUUAACCGGAAAUGAUGUUAACGCCUUCCGUUCACUUGAAGUUCUAACAUUGGAAGAUAUGUCUGGAUGGGAGGGGUGGUCAACUAUAACUGAGGGUUCAGCAGCAGUGUUUACGUGCCUUAAAGAGCUUUAUGUAAAGAAUUGUCCACAAUUGAUUAAUGUCUCACUUCAAACACUGCCUUCACUCAAGGUUCUUGAAAUUGACAGAUGUGGUGAUGGUGUGUUGAGAAGUCUGGUUCAGGUAGCUUCUUCAAUCACUAAAUUGAAAAUAAGUUUUGUAUCAGGGCUUACAUAUGAGGUGUGGAGAGGUGUUAUAGGGUAUCUUAGGGAAGUUGAAGUAUUAAGUAUCACAGGAUGUAGUGAAAUAGAAUACUUGUGGGAAUCAGAAACAGAGGCAAGCAUGCUUCUUGUGAGAUUAAAGGAAUUGAGUUUACAGGGAUGUUCAGGUUUGGUAAGUUUAGAAGAGAAAGAGGAGGAUGACAAUUUUGGGAGCAGCAACCUGUUAUCUCUUAGACGUUUGCAUGUAUACUCUUGUUAUAGCAUAAAGCAUUUAUGUUGUCCAAAUAGCAUUGAGAGUUUGGGAAUUGUUCAUUGUUCAGUUAUUACAGAUGUCUACCUCCCAAAAGAAGGAGGGAAUAAGCUCAAAUCACUUCGUAUAAGCAGCUGUGAUAAACUUGAGGGAAAAAUCAACAACACAAGCAUGCCAAUGCUUGAAACCCUAGAUAUUUGGGGUUGGGAAAAUAUAAGAUCAAUCAGUGAAUUGAGUAACUCCACUCACCUCACCAAGCUGGAUAUAGAUUGUUGUCCACAUAUCGUGUCACUUCCAGAGCUUCAGCUAUCAAACCUCACCCAUUUGUCAAUUAGUAAUUGUGAACGUCUGGAGUCAUUACCUGAGCUAUCGAAUCUCACCAGUUUGUCAGUUAGUGAUUGUGAAAGUCUGGCGUCAUUACCUACGCUAUCGAAUCUCACAUUGUUAAAGGAUCUGGAAAUUAUAAGGUGUCCAAUGAUUGAAGCUUCCUUUCCUCGUGGGCUUUGGCCUCCCAAAUUGGUUACGCUUACAACAGGGGGGUUGAAAAAGCCCAUCUCAGAAUGGGGCUAUCAGAAUUUCCCACCUUCCCUUGUUCACCUAACAUUACGCAGUGAACCUGAUGUGAGGAAUUUCAGUCAAUUGUCCCACCUUUUCCCUUCUUCUCUUACAUCUCUGUACAUAUUCCAAUUUGAUAAUCUGGAAUCAGUUUCAAUGGGACUCCAACACCUCACAUCCCUUCAACAUCUCAACAUUUACAGCUGCCCACUGCUGAACGAUCUACCAGAGACGCUGUUACCUUCGCUUUUGAGUUUGAGAAUACCUGAUAAUUGCCCCAAAUUGAAAGAAAGGUGUGAAGGAAGAGGCUCCCACUACUGGCCACACAUCUCUCAUAUCCCCUGCAUUGAAAUAGAAUACAGGAACAUAUCCUAAUGGAUCUUCUGGGUGAUGGAACAUUCACAGUUGACCAGGUCAAAUUCAAGAACAGAGAAAAGUCUCAAGUUGUGAAUUUUCCGGGAUGGUAUCUUGAGUAAAGUGCAGGAAAACUCGCGCGUAUAAUUACUGAAUCAGCUAAUAACAGACAAAGUGUCGAUGCCAUAAGUGAUUUAUUCAUGAAAAUCAAUUGGAUUCAAUAUUCAAAGUGAAGGUCUUAAGAAAUUGUCAAACAUCGGACCAGAUGCUAAGUUAAAGGAAAGGGUCAAAGUGCUUGAUGAUGAACAAGAUCAUUUCUGGUAAGCUUAUACUUUUUUCCCAUAAAAAUUAUGGGUGGGUUGAAUAACGAGUCAAGACAGGUUCGGGUUAAUAAUAUUGUUGACUUAUUAGUAGGGUUGAACUGAGGCGGGUUGGAGUGUUGGACUCUGGUACAAACAUUUUAAUUUUCUUUUGACCUUAUGGCCAAUUAAUGUUUUAACUAUGAUUACAGAAAAUAUACUAUUUAGAAUAGUCGUCUACACUUUUUCUAAAGAAGUGUUUAAAAAGUAACAUGUGUUUUGAUUAUGUUUUAAUAACUUUAGAACCACUUGUAUGGUUGUUCCUAUUCUUUUGUAAGUUUUGGGGUAAAAUGUAAAUAAGGUUUCCCCUCCUAAUAUAUAUAUUUUGCCUAAAAGAUCACAGAAUUAUAUUUCACACACAUAUUAUUUAGAGGAAGUGUAAUGUACAAAAGGGGUAAUCGUACUUCACGUACGCUAAUACCCUGACCGUCAGAUCUGUUUGAUCAUCUCGCAAUUAAGGUUUAAUCAUUAAGGGCAGAUUAGUAUUUUUCAUUCUUGUCACAGGGGUAAUUCAGACAUUUACUUGAAAACAAAGAAAUUACGCGAGUUCGUUAUCUCCAGCAUCCCGGUAAUUACGAUCAGUAUCAGUUUCAAGUAAUUUCCAUUUUCAAAUUAUAAAAUUAGCGGUUAUUGGUGGGCGAUUAGGGCUUAAUCAGUUUUUUCUUUUUAAUGGAUCCACAGAGUAGUAAUGCUCGAAACACAGAAGAUGUCGAAUUUGAAGAUGCAGAGGUCGAUACCGGACUUGAGGAUGCAGAGCAUUAUCGGAAUCCGACAUCAGGCAACAACAUUACCUUAGACGAUCAGACUACUGAAAGAUUGUAUAUCCCAGAGGUAGCUUCAUCAUGUGUUCCUGUUAUUGGAAUGGAGUUCUCUUCCAUAGAACAAGCAUAUGUUUUUUAUCAGACAUAUGCCAAGAAGGCAGGGUUCUCCGCUCGAAAAGGAGGUGAACAUCAUGUUGGUGGUAUUAUUAGGUCUAAGUAUUUUGUGUGUUCAAAAGAGGGGCAUAAACCACAGGCAUUUGAUGAUAAUUAUUCGAAGUUGUCUAAGCCAUAUAAACGUAGGAACAGACCGAGUAUUCGAACCGGCUGUAAAGCACAAAUUAAGCUUUGUUCGACGGAUGGGGUGUUGUUUAAGGUUGAUAAGUUUGUUCAAUCACAUAAUCAUUCAUUCGUGUGCCCCAAAGAUAUGCACUUAUUACCAGCUUAUAGACAUCUGUCUGAGACACAAGAAGAGAUGAUAUGGGAGCUUGGUACAUUGAAUCUUGGGCCAGUGAAAGCCUUUAAUAUAAUGAGAAAAAGAUACGGCGGGUUUGAAAAUGUAGGCGCAACUAAAGACGAUUGCAAGAAUUUUAGAGCUAGGAUACAUAGCUACAUCGGACAGUAUGAUGCAGAUAUGGUUAUCAAUAGGCUGACCGAUAAAAAGAAGUUUAUGGUUGAUUAUUCAUUCUUUCAUUCGGUCGAUGAAAACAAACGAUUAACCGGCCUGUUUUGGGCCGAUGGCUUGUGCAAACGUAACUAUGCUGAGUUUGGAGAUGUCAUAUCGUUUGAUGCUACAUUUAAAACCAACAAGUAUAAAAUGGUUUUUGUACCUUUUACUGGUAUUGAUAAUCAUUGUCGAAAUGUGACACUUGGAGCCGGGUUGUUAGCAUCCGAAAGCAUUGAAUCAUACAAGUGGCUUUUACAAUCAUUUUUGAACUCAUUCGGUAAGCAGCCGAAUGUGGUUGUCACUGAUCAGGAUCCCGCGAUGAAACAAGCCAUCGAAGCAGUGUUCGAUAAGAGUAGGCACAGAUUAUGUAUGUGGCACAUAAUGAAGAAACUUGCUGAUAAGGUUAG